AUUUUAUUACGAAAAUCGACUCAAGUAAAACACUUUUGUUUUUCUCCGAAAAUUUAUCGUAGCCUAAGCAGGACGAGUCGCGGCUGUAGAGGGAAACCAGCUCAAUCCUAUUUUCAGGUAGGUGCCUAUAGAUAUUAUUUUCUAAUUUUUUUAUUGAAUACCAACAACUAUUUAAUUAUAAACUGAUUAUUAUACGUGACGAAUUUAAAGAGUCUGGUACAUACUUAACAAUAGUACAAUCAUGAUAUAAUUUAUAGUUAGGUAUCUAUGUAAUAUUUGUUAAUGUUCAGUUACCUAUACAUUUUCAUUUAUUAAGUAGCGAAUAGUACAUAUAGUAAUAUUGAAUUCCCCAGUUUUAUUUGUAAUCUAAUUUAUUUACAGGUAUUACACCAAUAUUAGUAUAAUUUGAUACAUAUUGUGCAGGAACUAUUUUUCAUACGAGGGAGGGGGUAAAAAUAUAUUUGUUGUAAUUAUCCAUAGUAAUAUCGUCUAUAUUUCCUGAAACCCGUCUUUCCCCUGCGAUAUGCCUGCAGGGGAACGGCUCGCCUCCCCUAUCUAUGUUUUUUUUUUGUGUGGGCAAGGCGCUAUGACUAAAGGGACGUUCGUAAAGUUCACUUAUUAUAAACGUAUGAAUGAACGAAUAAGUUGGGCUUUUUUUUUUGCCCAUCGUUAAAAUUUUUUGGCAGCGGGUGCUGAUUUUGCUAGGCACAGCACUGCCAUCGAUUAUUACGUAUUAAAUUACACGUUAUUUGUUUAGUGAAUAGCCUUAACGUUGCGUCAUAGAAUUAUAAUCAAUUUCGACUGGUUUUUUUGAAAUCGUAAUAUCAAUUAUGUCAUAAAAUAAUGUAAUAAUAUAUAAUUUAAAAUUUGAAUAUUAAAUUUUUGUUUUUGUUAAGAAAUAUUUAAUGAAAAUUUAAUUUAAAUAUUUAUUUUUGUUUUUCAUAAAGUUUUAUCUAUAUUUUAUAAGGGUGUGAAAUUAUAUAUUUGUUCCUCUAUAUUUUGCACUGGGGAUGGAGCAACUGCCUCCACUGCCAACUCAGCUUCGGCUCCAUUAUGUAAUUUUAACAAUAAGUAUUGGAUUUAUUAUUUGAUCACCAUAUUGUGACAUUUUAGGUAGGUACCGAGAACUAGAACCUAGAUUUUAUUAUUGUUAAAACAUUAAUAGCCAAUAAUAUUCUUCAAGAGUGAGUGAAUAUUCAAAAUUCUGCACGUUUCUCCAUUUAAAUAAAUUUAUUGUUCCUAUUAUGAUAUAGGUGACAAUAUUAAUGUAAUAUAAUAUCAUUAUAUGAUUCAUAUUGUGAUGUACAGAAUAUCCCGCGAUGAUCUUACACUUGAAAUAUCUUUUGUUCUAUUCAAUAUUUUAAUUUUUUUAAUAAUUAGUAUAAUCUGCUCUACAGUUAAUAUAUUUAAAAAAAUGUUUAGAUGGGGGAACUUAAAAUAAAAAAAUUUUAAUUUUACUAUUUCUUUAAAAAAAAAACUUUUGGGUUUAGGUACUAAUAGGUAGCCAUUUUGUAAAAUAGAUUUUUCUAAAAUUUUUGGUGAUUGAAACUUUUGUUUAGAUAUGAUCUUUUAUUUUUUUUAUUUUUCUAAAUGUAAAUAUUAUGUGGUUUAAUUAUAUUUUCAACAAUAAUAAAUCUAUUAUAAUAUUUAACCAGUAGUCAGUAGUAUUAUUGUAUGAUAUUAACUCAUGGGAAAGAAAACCCUUAUCAUUUGAUAUGUUCUAUACCUAUCAAUCUAUAGUAGCUAGUAAGCUAUAACUUUCCCGAAUGUAAAAUUAUGGAAUGUAAUUGAAUGUACGAGUAAAACCCGGACGGGGAAAAUCCGGAACAUAAUAUUCCGGAAUUAAAUAAAAACCGGAAAUAACGGAAAAUGGGAUUCAGUAUAGUUCUUAAAUCUCAGAGGUGGAUUGAACCAUCGGGAAUGCGGAAGUUUUCUCGGUGGGCUACUUAUUCAAAUAAUAAUUUUAAAAAGUAUUUUAUGUCAAAAAAUUAUGCUGACAUUUUGAAGCACAUUUUAAAUUUAAAAAAAUUAAAAUGUCUUUAAAAUAUAAAUUUAAUGAAAUAUAGGUAGAUAUACAUGAUAAUUCACUAAAUGUGCUCACCAUAUUUUAGAUUCUGAGUAGAGCGAAAAAGCUUAUGGUUUUACAAUGUUUAUUAUUAUUAUUUUUUGUCUGUAAACAACUAUUCUACCAAAAAUAUUGCUCUAAUUUUUAUAUGUAGCACCUUUUCUAAAAGGAAAUUGGUAUUGGGAGGUACUUUAAUGAGGUCUUUUUUUGUUUUUCUCCGAAAGUAUCUCAAUAAAUGUGAAAAACCAAAAAAAAACUGAGGAAAAACUGGAACAUGUAAGUAAUGUAGGUGUUAGUUAAAAUAUAUUACAAUUUUUUUUUUCUGUGCACAACUUUUUUACCAACAGUUUUGCUUCAUUUUAUAAUGAUAGUAAUAGUUUUAAAAGAAAAUCGUACUGUGGAGGUACUUUAGAGAGGUAAUUUUUCGAUUUUCUCAGGUGCUUUCUCAGCUGUGAAAAAAUUGGGAAAAAUGUACAAUGUACAAUAUCAAACAAAUAUUAUUAAAGAAAAUAUAUAAAGCCUAUUUAAUUAUUUUACUUUAAUAUGGCAUAUAUAUUGAUGACAAAGCAUCAUUAUCAACUGAACUUCGCUCAUAAUCUUUUUUUUGUAAACAAUAGUUGAUCGUUACUUAUAGGUAUGCAUUAAAUUACCUAUACCAAUGGCUGCACUAGUCCCCAUUAUCCUAGGAAGUCCUUUUUGGUUUUUUUCAUUAAAUAUAAAAUAUGUACAGAUAUAAUUAACAAAUUACGUCACUUAAUAAUGCGUAAUAUCUUUCCAAAUAUGUAAAAAAAAUUGUAGUUAUGUAAAAAUAAUAAUAAUACAUGUUGAUUAAAAUUCAGUAUUCGGAAAUAAAUGAGCUGGUAUUUUUGUAUUUUUCCGGGCCGAAAUCUCUCCCCAAUCCACUCCUGCUAAAUUUUUUAAGAUUACUUACUGUUCCUAAAAUGUUAACCUCCAGUCUUUUCACUAAUAUGUCGAAUUUAUUUCACAGCCUUUAUCUGUCUACCCAACCUCUAAAUCAAAAGUGAUUACUUUUCCUGCCUAUUUUGACAAAUUUUCUUUGCUAACCGAAUUUUCUACCGGCCAUUCUUCUUUCGCGCUAUACAAGUUUAUUACAUUUCACAGAUAUUUUUAUUCAUGAAAAAAAAUAAUCACUACUGACUAUAGAGUAUAGAUAAUAGACAUAUUAUAUCACUACUAGUAUUAUACCUAUUUUAUAAACCAAUGAUAUUUAUGAAUAUUACGUUCCAGAUUAUUACGGUCCGAGAAAUUGCAUUUCGAAAUAUUGUGUUACGGAUUAUUACGUUACGAAAAAUUACAGUCCUGGAGUGUACAAUCCAGCUUUGUAUAGCCCUCCGAUAUAUGUACCUAUAUUGUAUUUUUGGAUUUUAAGUUUAUAAAUGCUUUGAAAACCUAAAAAAUAUGUGUAAUUAUUGUCCGAAUAUAAAUAUGACAUUGUAAAAAUUAAAUUGCUUGCACCCUUCUCCCCUGGCAAAAUUCUGCCUAUACAUAUUAUAAUAUUAUUGUGAGAAACAAAUAUUUUACACAUAAUUGUGCAUUGGUUAUAUUGUAUAAUUGUAUAUUGUUAUUGGUACCUAUUAUUGAUAUAAUGUUACCUAUUACCUACAUCGGUUUUAUACUGGUAUAGUCGAGAGUAAAUAGUAGAUAUAUCAUCUGCAUAACAAACAUAUUGUUUUUUUUAUCCAUUUCACGUUUUUGUUCACGAACGAAUAUACUAUAUACCUACCUUUAUUACCUAAUCGAUAAUGGUUCAUGCAUUUUCAGCAAAUACCUAGGUAAGUACGUAUUAUAAUUACAUUUUUUUUUUUUUUUUUGGCAGACGAACAUUAGAUAGAUUCCUACAUCUGUUAUCUGCGCAUUAUAAUGAUUUAUAAUAUUCUCGAAAAUAUGUAUUGAAUAAUUUAUUAUACUAUUUAUUAUUUAUAUAAUAUUUAAUUAUUUAAUACUCCAGCGACGUAAAAUUAUUUUAUAUUGGUAUUUUAUCGUAACAAACCCACAAAAUUAAAAUUAUAAUAGCUAUAAUUAUAUCUAUAUAUAUAAAAUAUCAUGUCCUGAAUGAUUGACUGAUUCAUCAUCGCCUAGCCCAAACCACUGAACUAAUCGGGCUGAACUUUGACACAUAGAUAGCUAUUAUGACGUAGGCAUCAGCUAAAAAAAGGUUUCUAAAAAUUCAACUUCUAAGGGGGUUAAAUAGGGGUUUUUUUAGUUUUUAAGUAUAUUUGAUACGGAUAUCUAAUUCCUUAUUUAUUUAUUUUUGUUUAUUCGAGGGUUACCUUGGUGUUCGGAAAAAAGAAAACUAUUAUAAUUAUAAUUACCACUAUUAUUUAAACUAUUAAAAUUUCAGAAUAGAAUACAUUUAGUCCACCGAAGAUAGACUACCCACUUUCCAUGAAUUUAUUUUCAUUUAAUUUUGACGUGGCCAAAGUCAAAAAUGAAUAUGGGUAAAAUAAUAACAAUAAUAAUUGGCACGGGCAAUGCCGGGCGAGGGACAGCUAGUAUAAUAUAUAGACAUUUUUUUUUACGAAAUAUUGGAAAAUAAUAAUGCUAUUAAUUAUUAUCUCGUAGCUAACCCAAAUUAGGUAAUUAUUAAUAUAUUGUUUGUUUUUCUUGUAGACGUUUUAUUUAGACACGUCGAACCAUGUUGGUGUUCCUGAUGGUAUUGUCCACGUUACUAAUAAAUUUUAUAAAAUGUGAUUUACGACUAAUUGAUCCCAUAUACCCUGAAUUUUCCAAGAGAGAUUUUAAUAAAACUAAAAUGUUUAGCACUAGUUCACCUUACACUAUACAGGGUAAGAAAAUAAUACAAAUAAAUUCAUAACAUUAUUAUUCAUUAUAUUAAUUAAUUAAGAGUAAAUAACUUGUUCCAAAAGUGUUUUAUAAUAUGUAAGUAGUUACCUAUUGAAUAUAAAAAAUUUCGUUUAAUAUUAUUUUAGAUUCUGAGUGGAGCAAAGAAACUUAUGUUUUUACAAAGAUGUUUAUUUUUUUACAACAACUUUUACUACCUAACAUAAACCUUAUUCCGAUGUAAUAGACCCUUUUCUUUAAGGAAAUUUUCUUGGGGUAGUAUUUUAGAGAAGUCAUUUUUUGAUUUUUCCAGGAGUUCUCAAACAAAUGUGAAAAACGAAAAAAAAACGGGAAAAUUGGUACAAUAUUAAAAAAAUACUAUUAAAAAAAAUAUGUAAUGCAUAUGUUAUUAUUUUAUCAUAAUAUGAUAUAUAUUAUAUUGUUGAAAAAGUACCCCUAUUAACUGAACUCUGCUCAGAAUCGUUUUUUGUGAGCAAUGGUUUAUCAUUGUUUAGCUUUUUUUGUGUGGUCUUAAGGUGAGGACCCCAAGUAAGUUUUUUAUCUAGUAAGAGCACAAAAUAUUUGACUAUUUGAAGUAGUGGGGUAUGAUGGAAUUGUUCAAGGUGAUCGGCGGGCAGUCUUGAGGUCGAAGUGAAAAGGUUAUGUGGGAUGAUUUGGUUUCGUUGAUUUUAAUUCCCCAUUUAUUGAACUAGGACAUGAGGGUGUUUAGAUGAGUUUGGAUUGUUUGACUGGCAAUUGCACAGUUAGGAUUUGAGGUAAGUAUGACUAAGAUUUGGGGUUGCCCCCACCGGUCCUGGACGAACGUUGCGCUGUCCGCCACACCAAAACCAAUCCGAUCACCCAUAUCCUUUUCUGGAUCAUUAAUCACCCGCGGUCGGCAUCGCGUGCUUUCUCGUAGGAAAGACUUAAUUCGAUCUAAGACGCUGGUACUCGUCUAGAGAUCCAGCCGUCCGACUGCCAUUUAGCAGGCUUACGCAAACUGGCUGGCUGUGCUGCGUCAGAUUUGGUGUCGAGGACUAAGCGUUCCCUUAACUUAUCCACGAUACUUUGCACCUAUUCGUACAGGUAAGUAUAGCUGCAUCAUCGGCAUAUGUUCCAAUGAGGAUGGAUUGGUUGGUUGGUAUAUAAUUUGGUAAUCUGUGGUACAUAAAAUUGAGUGAUGGCACUUCCUUGAGGAACGUUAGCUAAUGUUUCAUGAUAGGUUGAUAGCUUAGUAUUUUUUCUAAUUCUAAACGAUCUAUUUUCUAGGCAUGAUUUUAAGAGUAGUUAGUAAAGGGCUGGGAAUGUAUUUUUGAAUUUAAACAGUAAUCCUUGGUGCUCAAUGGUUUCGAAUGGUUUUAGAAUGUUUAAGAAUACUCCCGAGCAGUAUAUUUUUUUAUUUCAAGUGCUAAGGAGACAAAAUCGGUUACGUGAUGUAGUUGAUUGGAGGUUGUGUGACUAGAUCGAAAACCUAACUGUAUAUCGGGUAGGAUUUUUUUGGUUUGAACUAUUGGAAUUAGCCUUUUGAGUAUUAUUUUUUGAAAUAUUUUACUAAAUACUGAUAAAAACUAAUAGACCUGAACAAGAUCGGGCUGUUGGAAGGUUUGUCAAUUUUUAGUAUUAUGAUGGUGAUGGAGUGCUUCCAUGUAGGAGGAAAAUAUGACAGGCGAAGUAGAGCGUUGAAUAUAUAGGUCAACCAAAUAAUUGAUUUGGAUGGAAGGUUUUUUAAUGAUUUUGUUCGUGAUUUGACCAUGUUGUUUUUCAGUUUUUUUAUUAAUGUUGGAAAAUUUAGGAGGAGUUGUGUGCUUGGCUGGUAGGGCCAUUGGUAGUGGAAAAUGGAGCAAUAUUUUAACUAAAUCAAUGUGAUUUUGAGAGUGUAGGGUAGAAUAUGGCUUGAAUGAGUCAGUGAAGUGAGGGGCAAAUAGUUCAGCCUUAUCUAGAUCAGCGACAACUAGGGAGUUGUUGAGACAGAAUAACGGGGGUAGAGUAUCUCUGUGUCGGAGUAGAGAUUCUGUUUUUUUCCAAGUGUACCCUUGUUUGGAGAGAGAGAAGCAAAGUCUGAUUUGUAUAGUUCGUUUUUUUGCUUCUUGAAGAGCGAUUUGAGUUUGUUGGAUAGUGAAUUGUAUUUUGUUUUUUGUCUUUUGGGUAGUGAGAGUGAUGACAGCGAUUUCGGGCUCUGCGUUUUUCAAUAAGUUGUCUAAUUCCAGGUGUGUUAAGAUGGUAAUUUACUUUGUGACGGUUCUGAACGUGGUCCUUAAUAUGUUGUGGAAACAAUAUCAAUCGUAUUUUAAGUAACGGAUUAGGAAGGAGACAUUGUUUUUUGCACUGUGGAUAGUUUCGGUGAAAAUGGUUAUGGCAUUGUCUAUGUCUGCGGGUGAUUUUAGCAGGGUGAUAAAAUUCUAAGUGCUAGAACUUUAGCAUGUUUGAUUGUGAUGAGAUUUUGAAGAUCGAAACCUCGGGUAUUGGUUGUUAAACGGCCACAACAAUGGUGUUUGGCGUUGAAGUCGGCUCCCAAAAGAUAGGUAUGAUUGAUUGAUGACUAGAAUAUUAAUAAUUUAUUUUCGGAGAAUUUACAGCUAGGAGGAAAGUAGACAGAAGCAAUGAAAACAGGUAUAGAGUUGAUAAGUAGAGAUUAGAGAAGUAGUUCAUAAGUGCAAAUUAUUUGCAAAUUGACAAAUGUAGAGGGUUUAAAGAAAGUGUGCACUAAUUUAUUAAAGAUAAUUAGCGUUGCUCCUCCAUGAGCGGUGUCGUCAGGGUGGUCAGCCUUUAAUAUUUUUUAUCCAGAGAUUUGGAUAGCGGAUUUGUUUAUAAGAUGCAUUUCCGAGAUUAUGACGAUGUCGACUUGAUUUUCACUUAUCAAUAAUUAGCGUUAAUUUAUAUUGUUUAACAUACCGUUAGGUAUAUAAGGUUAAAUAAAUAAUUAAAUAUAAAAUUAUAUAAAAAGACAGACAAACUUCGUACGUGAGUGGAUCACUGUUGUAGUUGAGAAGUUGAGAAGGUAGUAGAGGGGAAAUUUAAUGUACAUGUACAAUGUAUAUCUGUACUCAAAGAUUAACGAAAAAUACGAUUCUGAUCGAAGUUCGGUUAAUAGUGUGGCUUUGUCAACAAAAUAUAUGUCAUAUUAGGUAUCUAGUAAAUUGAUCGCGAACAAUUAAUUGUGGCUGGCAAUUUGGUUGUGGAUUAAAUUGAUCGCCAAAAAAAAAAAUGAAUUACAUAGGGGUUGAUUUACAUAGACUUCUCUGGUUUAUAUUAUACAUAAUUAUUAAAUAAAAUUACGAAAACUUUUUACAAAAAAAAUUAUAAAAAAUUAUGACUAAAUAAAGUCAAAAAUAUAUAAAAAUAAAAUAAAAUUAAAAAAUUGUUUACCGUUGAAGUUGAAAAUUAUGGGUUUUUUCUUUAAAAAAAAUCUUUUAUAUUUCUAUUGUGAAAAUUCGAUUAAUUUUAAAAUGCCCUUAAAAAAACUAUUUAAAUUUUAUACAAGUUAUUAAAACACAUUUAAUAAAUUAUUAAAUUUUAUUAGUAAUAAUAAAUUAUUAUUGUAUUUUAUAACAUUAGUAUAUUCAUAUAAACUGGAGAAGAAUCUAUACAAAGCAUUCAGUUUUUUCGGCGAUCAAUUUGUAGCCACGAUUCAUUGUUUGCGACCAAUUGUUCAUGGUCAAUUUACCGCGAUCCAUCAUAUUAUGAUAAAAUUAGUUACAUAUGCAUUAUAUUUUUCCUUUAAUAAUAUUUAUUUAUUAUUGUACCCAUUUUCCAUUUCCCUACGUUGUUUCACGGUUAUCCCUUUUUUUCCUCGGUUUUUCCGAUUUAUUGGGAAAUCUUAUGGGGAAAUCGAAAAAUGACCUUAGGAAGGUCAUUUUUUGAUUUAAUGACCUCCCUAAAGUACCACCCCAUACAGAGUUCCUUCCAGAAAAUAGACCAUCAUUGUUAAUUGGAGCAAAAUUGCUGAUAGAAAAGUUGUCCACAGAAAAAAAAAUAAACAUCAUUGUAAAACCAAUAUAUUCUUUGUUUCAAUCAGAAUCUAAAAAAAUAAUGAUAAUUAAUAAAAUAUAAAUUUAUCGUACCUACUUGAAUGACAUAAAAUAUAAAAUAUACAUGUAUUUUGUUUAAUAUAUACCAAUUAUACCUGUAUAAAAUGUGUAUAUAUAACAUUAAUAAAUUUAUAUACAUAUAACAUUCGUAUAUUUGUUUUAUCAUUAUAUGUAAAUGCGUCAUAAAAUUUAAGAAUGAAAAUUCAUUUUUCUCGUUUAAAUUAGCAAAGUUAGUGAAAAUUUAUCUCGGAUUUACGGCGCUUUUUAUAGCUAUAUUAGAUAAUUUUCUGCAAUAUCAAUAACAAAAAGGAAAACCUCUAUUUUAAAAAAGUUUUCAAUUGUUUACAAUCACCGAUCUCCAUCCACAUCAUCAAAUUUUUUUUUUGCAAAUUAACACAAUGGACACUAUAAUAAUGUUUUUUGACAAUUGAUAGUAUAAUUAUAAAAAUAAAUACAUUCAAUAAUUUUGUAUACACAGUGGCACACAGAAAAAUUUUAAGAGCAUAUGUAAUUUAACAAAAGUAUACCCACCCAUCUAUUUUUUAUUUUUUUAUGUAGAAAAUAUGUUCUCACUAUGCUCCACAAUUAUACUCAAGAAGACAUCAGCGUUCUCUUCAACAGUGGCGUAGCCAGGGGGGGGAGGCAUUGGGUGUUGUAACCCCCAUUACAAUUUUUAUUUAUUAGCUACAGGUAAGCAUAAAAUUGUUGUAGAUACCCCUAAAUCUCUCUGAACCUCCUACUCAUUGUUAAAUCCUACCGUUUCGGCAGCGAUUUAGGGUCCUGUAAUGCAUCCACAUAUUAAUACUAAUGUAGUUGUCGUUCAACAGCUAGUAGCAUCAGGUCGUCAUGUUGUGGGGUCAUCGACAGUGGACUGUAUAAGGGAAAAUUGCUCACGGUAAGCACGGAAUCACCAUCUGCAGGGGCCUUGUUCCCCUACUUAGGGAACAUGAGCAACACUCAUAAAUUUUACAUGCCAUAUGACUUUCCUAAACACCAAGAGGCCAUGCACGGCUACGCCUUGAUGACCCAGGCAUCGCAUUAUCCAACUAUGUUAAGACGAACAGAAAUGUUCAGUGUGGUUAGAAACUCAUACCGAAACAAUUUGUCCCAUGGGACGCAUAAAUCCAUGUGAUCCCCGUCUCAUGAAGCUCUUUUUUACAUGGGAACACACGAACCCGCUGUUUCCAUAGACAUAAGAUGUAUGAUGUAAUGUCAGGAAAUGAGAGUCAAACUAGACGGAGUCAGUUAUUUAGGUAAUGUAUGAAGAUUUGAGCAUUAUAAGUAGAAUGAUAGGCAUGAAUUUUGUAGUAAGUGUGUGCGGCUCGUCAAGUUAGGUGUUGUGCGUGGCUAGUAAAGUAGAUGGUCGGGGUGAAACAUUGAGCAGCGCUCACACAUCAACAAACGCGAUACACAAUUACCUCACCCAUAAGUCGACUAGCCUCAAUAAAAUGUGGGGUGGUACCCACGAUGGACUCAAAACUCUCGUGCACACGCUAUGGUCUCCCUCUUCCUUCUGGUACUUGUGUACUCAGGAUUUCCGAGUCGCGGUGCUUCUGUACUCAGGAUUUUCGAGACGAGGUACUUCUGCAGUGAAAUAAAAUAGUUUAUACAUAGGUACAAACAUUUAUUGUUUAAAAAUGAAAACAAAUUUAAACUGUAAUAAUCUCCAACUUAAAAUACAUCUCGUGAGCACAUACAGUUACAGUAAUUGGUAACCUAUUUGGACACCACUGUGUAUAAUAUUUAUUUGAUUUAAACACGAGAACAUAAUGUAAUGGCCCAGGUAGUGACUGAGCCCCUAGCCAUCACAUCUCCAAGAGACCCAUUUACCCGGGCAUUGCGCCAGUUGUCCCAAUGAUUUGUUUAGUACUGACCCGGUACAGAACGAAAUUAUAUUUCAUCGAUAACUACUAUUCGUAACAAUUAAGUAUUUAACGAAAUGUUUAUGUUUACUAGAGGAAUGCACGCCAAUAAGAGUGUGGCUUUUAUCAAGACACGGAUCGAAGGUUCCAUCAGAAGACAUUUUGGAGAACAUCGAAGAGCAUCUAGAAAAAAUAAUUCAACCCAUUCUUAAAAAACUAUACGGAGAUCGAAAUAAUGCGAAUUUUAGAAAACUAAAAAAAAACCAGCAAAUGUAUAUUUCUCGCUUAUUAAAAUGGACAAACGUAUUGCGUAGUGCCUCACACAAAGAGCUCAAUGAACGUGGAAAAGUGAGCAUAAUGAAUUUAGGGAAAAGAUUGAACGCCAAAUUGAAGGAAUUUACAACCACUCUUAAAAAAGACGAAAUCGAGGUAUACCUAUACUCAGUGUCAUUCGUCAAAAUUUUUAAUCAAUAUUGGUGUCUACCUGCAUAAUCUUUAACUAUAAUAAUAAAAUGACAUUAAAUAUUUAUAUGUAUAUAUAUAUACAAAUUUCGCAGGUUUUAUCGGCGAUAGAAGAUAGAUGUGUCAUCAGUGCCAGAAAAUUUAUUGGAACAUUUUUUGAAGGCGACGCCGACGAUAUUAUGAUUCCUGUUGCUAAAUACGAAGACCAAAGAUUAGAAGUACGAUAUUUAUUUUCAAUAUCGUCGAACGUAUAAUAAUUGCAUGCCUACUUUUUGUUAGAAAACAAUAAAUGUAAUUUUAAUAAUUUGUCUAGUUUAAGAGAACACUAUAGUGACAUCUGCUGGUCUCGUCUUACAAACGCGAGAAAUUUGCGUUCAGUAGAACACAUUUUGUGUUGUUAGUUUUAAAAUUAAGCAAAUUGGCCUAUUACUAAAAUUAAUGGUAAGAAGAUUAUGUGUGCUCUAGCGUUGAUCAUUUUUCGAUAUUUUUAUUUUUAAAUAAGAUAUGAGUAUGUUAAAUAUCAUUAUUUAAAAAUGAUUAUAUCUUGUUUAAAAAUUAAAAUAUCGAAAAAUGAUCAACGCUAGAGCACAUAUAAUCUUCUUACCAUUAAUUUUUAUAAUAGACUAAUUUGCUUUAAUAUUAAAACUAACGGCACAAAAUGUGUCCUAUUGAACACAAAUUUGCUAUAUCUCGCGUUUGUAAGACGAAGACAGUAUUUGUCAGUGUGGGUGUCCUCUUAACAUUCAAUACGUUCAAAAUAAAUUGCAACGUUUUGAGAUCUGUUAAAAUCAAAAUUAUUUUUUUUGUUUUUCUGCACAAUCUAGUUGGUUAAGCCCAAAAGUGAAGAUACAAAAGUAAACGAUUCUACCAAACCUGGGACUUUGAUAGACGUUGAAGAUCUUUAUUUUAAAUUAAACUGUUGGAAAAUAACAAAAAAAAUACAAUUGAUAUUGUUUCCACAACAUAUUAAGGACUACGUUCAGAAUCGUCACAAAGUAAAUGACGGUGAGAUACUGUUGUAUUACAUAUAACAAAUUGUAUAUGUUACUGUGAAUGUCCAUAGUUGGUGAAUACUGACGGUCACAGGUUAAUGUCGUCAUACACCAAAGACAUUGGUGAAGUAAUUAGUGAAUGUUGACAUUUAUAUAACGAUAUUAGUAAAUAUUGGUAAUUCCGAAAUUGUUUUCUUUAAAUUUAAUCUAGGGAUAACGGAAAAAUUAUAAUAAUAAUAUAGUAUUAUUAAUACAAUUAAUACUAUAAUAAUAGACGUACUACUUAGUACUUAUGUCUUGUACAAUAUCAGGUAUUUUGUAAGUUGAUAAUUUUGAUAAAAUUGUUUAUUACCUUACCCAACUACUAUUAUUAUAUCUUGAUAACAGCAAUGCUAUGCUGUCUCGUUAACAUUUUAAUAUGAUAUUGUCAUUCAACACAUUUAUGUAUUUUAUUGUAUACGAUUGAUUUGCGCAAUAACCAAAACAUUUUUUAUAAAUGGAAUAAUAUGCGUGAAGUAUUUUAUAUUAAAUUUAAUAACUUAGUAUCUAAUAAAAGACAUAAUUCUUUUUUUCUAUUGGGUGAAAAAUAUCAACUUUUAAUUAGUUAAAUGAAAAUUUUUUCUUUCGGGUUUUAGGGUUUACAGCCUUCUGAAAAUUGGAACACAACACGAUUUUAGUUGACACCCCCCCCCCCUCCGAAAUUAUAUUCCACUUAUGAUUAUGACCUUAUAUCACGUUAAAUAUCAUGCACCAUUUCCGAAGGUCCAUAUGUACAGUUUUGUAUACACUUCAUAGACUGUUAUACCUGCUUUCGGGUGCAUUGUUAUAUACACUGAUGUUUGGAUUCACUGCUCAAUAAUCUGAUAUGGUAUUAAUAAAAAAUAAUGCCAAAAAUAAUUUUAACUAUUAAAAAGUUUAUCUUUUUACAUUUUGGCAAACACACAAAAAUAUACCUACACAUGAACAAAUUAGCAGUGUACAAAAAAUGUACACAUUACAGUGAACUUGAUAUUACUACAACUCCAAUAUAACCCUAGCUUGAUGCAACACUGCUUCAACUCAAAAUUUGAUAUUUUUGAGUACGAAGGGUUAAGUAAAUAUAUAAUAGGCAUCUACAUAGUUAAAAUAAAAGUUGCAAAUGAAAAAUUUGAACUUUCAACUUUGGAACUAUGUAGGUACAUUGUUCGGUGCAUCCGAAUUGAGUCCCGCGAUUAAAAAUUUUCAGUAUAUUUGAAUCCCAGUCGCGAUUUUCUUGCUGAACAGCAACACGUAUGUUCUCACUUUCGAGUGCCGUACAUUCGCGUUGUUUUUUUUUUUCAGUAAUUUAAUAACAUCAAAAUGCUUACCACGCUCAUUGAAAAUCGGUAAGUGUCUACAUAAUAAUAAUACUAAGUUGGCCACACGCUUGUGUGACGGCGUACCGGUGGUUCCAAUCAUCGCGUGGCUCGCACAGCCAUGGACGGACCUACGCAGUCAGAUCUGCUGACUAACGCAGAAAUGCAAAAUAUUUUGACUGAAUUAGAUAACGUUAACGAACAACCUCACCGCCAAAUGGCAAAACUACAGCAAGAAAAAAUUUACUACAAAUAAAAAUAGAGAAUUGCAACUGGCAGCUAAAUCGUCACAAUUAAUUACAAAAAUUGAUAACAACUUAGAAAAAAUGACCCCUAUUUCUAACAUAUCAAUUUCAAAAGGUGUUAACGUAACUUCAAAAGUUAAACAAAAUAGUAACAAAAACCCAACUAAUGAUAAUACUCAAAAAAUAUAUAAACCCUCAUUAAUAACUAUCAAAGGUGUUAAAAAAUUUGAUAAAUUAAAACAAUUAUUAACGUGUGAAGAACCGGUAAGAAACAAACAAUUCAAAGUCCUAUCAAAUGACGAGACGAGAAUCUUAACAACAAAUGAAAAUCAAUUCAGAAGUACAAUAAAAAUAUUAGAAGAAAAUAAAUUUGAAUACCAUCGGUACCAAUUAAAAAGCGAAAAACCAUUUCGAGUAGUAUUACGAGGUAUAAAUCAUGAUUCCGAUAUAAGAAUAAUUACCAAUGAACUGUAUGACCAAGGCCACGAAGUAAGCAAAAUAACCAAUACACAGAGCAAGAAAAAAUCUGAUCCUAAAAACAAAAACAGAGAGUGGUCAUACAUAAGGCUACCAUUAUUCUUUGUAGAUUUAAAACCUCGGGAAAAUAAUAAAAACAUUUACAAUAUAAAACUACUAUGUCAUCAGAUAAUAAAAAUAGAACCACCACGUAAAAAAAAGAAGUACCGCAGUGUAAGAACUGCCAAGCUCUCGGACAUACACAAAAUUACUGUCACAAAUCGGCUGUAUGCGUGAAAUGUUGUGAAGGACACAGAACCGAAGAUUGUCCAAAAUCUAAAACGACAAAAGCAAAAUGUGCAAACCGUGGUGAAAACCACACAGCCAACUGGAAGGGUUGCUCUGCUUACAAGAAAGCAAUAAAAAGAGCACACCCAAAACAAGUCUCUGCUGUACAAAGAAUACAACAGAAACCUGUCACAGCAAAUGUUUCAUACGUACAAAUGGCUAGCACUUCAAAAGUCGAUACAAAAACAUUUCAACCAAAGGAAACAAAGAAUCGAUUACUCUUAAUGAUAUUCUAGUCAGAUUAACCAACAUAACGCAGACACUAGCAAAUAUCACAGUAAGAAUAGACAAACUGGAAAUAAACCAAAGUCCAAAAAUACCUCGCAGAAAAUAAAGAAAUGAACAGUACACUGCGGAUCAUUGCAUGGAACGCCAGUGAGUUAGUACAGCGCAGACAAGAACUUAAAGAAUUUUUACACAGUGAAAACAUUAACAUAGCACUUAUUUCGGAAAUCCACAACGUAGACUUUUCUUAAGAUAAGGAAUUACAGAAUAUAUACGACAAUUCAUAUUAGUGGUAGAGCUCGGGAUGGUACUGCUGAAAUAAUAAAAGAAUCCAUAAAACACUAUGAACUCGAAAAAUACUCUGUAAAUCAUAUACAAGCGACAAGCGUCAGCGUUAAUGACGGGAAUGACGAUCUCAUCGUUUCUGCAAUUUAUUACCCACCGCAAGGAGGUGCAGAUGAAAUGAAGUUCGCUGAAUUUUUCCAUACGUUGGGUUCUAGAUUCAUUGUUGGAGGUGAUUAUAAUGCAAAGCAUACUCACUGGGGAUCGAGACUGAUCACCCCAAAGGGACGAGCCUUGCUAAAAGUUGCAAACAACAUCAAUGAUGAAAUCAUCACUACAAGUAAGCCAACAUAUUGGCCUACUGAUCCGAAUAAGAUUCCCUAUCUGCUUGACUUCUUUAUUAUGAAAGGUAAAUCUUCUAAUUUUAUUGAAGUAUUAGAACCUACAAAAUUAACGUUACGAGUUUAUAAAUAAUUAAUAUUUUCCACAAAAAACUACAAGUUCAAUAAAAAAAUUUACAAAAGUAAUACAAGUCCAAAUAAUUCAAUUUACAAACAUUAAAAAAUAUUCUAAUUCCAGUUUAAUUGCACACACAAAAAUAUUUCAUAAAACAGAGUGACGCGAAGUUGCUCGCAUUUGAUCGUGGUGGACUCGUCUGAUUCGACAAUAUAUGGGAUGGCGUUAUAUAUGCUCUGAGGAACCCCCGCAACCUGUCAUUCCAUCCUACGUAUAGAAUACGUUCCUAAACAAUAGAAAUGAGCCCAAGUGGUCAUGCUACUUAAACCAGAAAAACUACCAGAACAAAGUAACUUCAUACAAACCAAUCUCGCUUCUUCCAACCAUCUCAAAAUUAUUCGAAAAACUACUUCUAAAACGUUUAAAACUGUUGUUAGAAAAAAUACAGCUUAUACCGAAACACCAAUUUGGGAUUUGAAAUAAACAUUCGAUCAUCGACUAGGUUCAUCGAUCAGGUCCAUCGCGUCACACACGUGAUAAACCAAGUGCUUGAAGAGAAGAAGUAUUGCUGCGGGAGUAUUCUUUGACGUGGCACAAGCUUUCGAUAAAGAAUAACACAAAGGAUUGCUUAUAAAACUACGUGAACAACUGUCGCACACUGGAUGCGCACUUUUCGAAUUCUACUUGACUGAACGUCAAUUCAAGGUCAUGCACGAAGAAGCAUUAACUGAUUGGAAAAAUAUAUCAGCGGAUGUACCAAAGGGAAGUGUCCUUUGACGAAUCCUGUACUUAAUCUAUACAGUGAACAUUCUAAUCAACAACUAUUCAAUGACAGCCAUGUUUGCUGAUGGCAUCGAAAAAAUAACAAAAAAUGAAAACCAGCAGACUGCGACUGAUUGGCUUCAAAGGUCAAUCAACAACAUUUCCAACUGGACGAAACGUUAGAAAAUCAAAAUUAACAGCGAAAUAUCGGUGCACGUAUAUUACACCUUGCAUAAAACUUUCUAUAAACCAAUAUUGCUAAAUCGGUAGAUCAUCCCACAAAGUUACUCAGCAAAAUAUUUAGGUAUGCACUUUGACUUUCGAAAACACCAUGUUCGUCUGAAUAAAUUCCAAAUUAAGAAGAAAAUGCGACAACUAUAUUAGCUGGUCAGUAGCCUUUUCAUUUUUUAAUUGACAAAUUAUAAAAUUGUGCAAUAUCUAACUAUAUAAUUGGUAUAUUGUCAAAUUUUAACUGACCUCACUGUUUUAUAUCUAAAUAUCGACUGCUACUAGUCAUAUCAAAUAAACAAAUCUAGUUAUUCUAUUUGAUAAUAAUAAUAUUAUGUGGUUAGAUUGGAUCAUUAUUACAACUCAGCCGCGGUUAUCGUCAUAUUAGCUGCCUAUAUGUAUAUUAUAUUUUUACCUUCAAUAUUUAAAAAGGUGUCCUAGGAUAAUGAGAACGGGUGUAGCCACUGUUGUAGGUGGAAAGUUGGGAAGAUAGGGUACAGAAGGAAAUUGAGUGUAUAUCUGUAGGCAACCUUAAACUAUUGCUAACGAAAAAACCAUUCUGAGCGGAGUUCGGUUGAUAGUGUUGUUUUGUAAACAAUACAUCCAUACUAUAGUAAAAUAAUUAAAUAGGCAUAAUAUAUUUUCUUUAAUAAUAUUUGUUAAAUAUUGUACCGAUUUUCCCAUUUUUCUUCCGUUUUUUUUUUCGGUUUUUCAUAUUUGUUGAGAAAUCUCCUGGGAAAACCGAAAAAUUACCUUUUUAAAGCACCUCCCCAGUCAGAUUUCGUUUUAGAAAAAGUAUUAUCACCGUAAAUCUGAGCGAAAUUUCUGGUAGAUAAAUUGUCCACAGAAAAAAAAAAUCGUUAUAUUUUACUUAUAUAUUUCGUACAUUUUCCCGUUUUUUUCCUGUUUUCUCAUGUUUUUCUCCAGUUUUGCCCAUUUAUUGGGAAAAAUCCUGGGGAAAUCAAAAAAAAAAGACCUCCUUAAAGUACCUACCCAGUCCGAUUUCCUUCAAAAAAAAUUGCUACACUUAAAAUCAGAGCAAAAUUCCUAGGACACCUUUUUUUGUUUUAGGUUUAAUUUUUAAUAAAACUCACAAAAAUCAUAAUUCAAUACCUACCUACUUAAUAUUAAAUCAAUUUUAAAUUUAUAGAAAUUGUCAGAUCAAUGUACUAUGCAUGUGUGCAUGGUUUUUAUCAGUACGACGCUUCCGGAAAUAAAACAGACGCUUGGUGUCACUUAUUUGACUUUGAUGACCUACAAGUAUACGAAUAUAAUUACCUAUAAUUACCUAUCCGUAAUAUAUUUACUAUAAGUAAUUGCAAAUAUUAUCCAAAUAUAUUUAUAGAUGUUCGAGAAUAUGUUUGACUUACAGUAUUACAACAAAAAUGGAUAUCAUUUAGAAUCUAAUAGAAUGCUCGGUAAUGCGCUAACGGAAGACCUCCAGCUGUUCCUAAUGUACCUACCUACUCUUACAUAGUUUAUGUUUAAAUAAUAUAGUUAUAUAUACAGAGUUACACCGUUAAUUUUAUAAAUAUACAGUUUUUUAUUUUUUCAAUUGGAUUUUGUGUCAAGUUUAUACAUAUAUAUAUAUACUAUAUGCAUAUAUAUAUAUAUAUAUAUAUAUAUAUAUAUAGUAUACACAAUAAUGUAAUUUUUUAUUUUCAUCUUUUAAUCACUAAAAAAAAUAACUUAGUGUAUUCACUUGAAAUAAAUACCUAGCUAUUUUAUAAUAUAUCUUAUAAUUUAAAUGUAUCAUACGUAUCCAAUAAAUAGUUCUAUAGCAAAGCAUUCACUUCAUACGAUAUCGAUUCUAUUAUAAAAUCAACGGUAAAAGCUGAUUUAAUUUCUAAAGACAGGCUUUAUGAAAGUAUUACGUUUGCAACUCCUUAUUGCGUAACAUGUAGUACUUACCUAACCUACUGUAUAUAAUUGAAUAUAAUUGUUUGUAUACUCAACUAGAAAUUAAAUUAAUUGUAACUGUUACUCAGUUGACAAUUGAUCAACAAUCGCUCAACUAGGAGCGAUGCCCCUGCGACACCAGACCGGGGUCAAGACUUAAUUAUAUUUAUCAGUCAUAAGUACAAUAUAAAAAUGGCUGAACGGGUUGGCAUCGAGGUGACGGUACUUACUCCUCCUUCUCGUGCGUCGGUGGUAAUGUAGAUACCAACAUACCCUCCGUUAUCCUGAACUGACUGACGCUAACUUGUGGUCCCCCUGAUUGUCCUAUAUAUAAUUGUCGCGUUGAUCAGAGCCUAAGUGGUGGUAGAUGUCACCCUCGCUGUCUCCUAGUGGCACAUUGUCCGCAACCGGACACGUUUUUCCUUUGGUUCAUCAACACGUAUCAUCCGUUGUUGCGUGGGAACGUGGUAGGUUUGCCACACCCGUAUUAAUGGCCCUCAGGAGCGUACACGUAAUGUGACGACCGAUUUCACAUUUAGUCGCUUAGAAAUAUUAAUUGAUAGUUAACAAAUUUAAACACGUGAAAGACAGAGUUCGUAACAUUACUAAGAAACUGGCCAUUCGUUAUUUUUUUCUAGCAAUUUAGAGGUGAAAAUAAAAAAGUUAAUUUUUCUUUUAAUAUAUGUCUCACAACCCCUGACAUAAAAUCCGAUUAAAAAAUUAAAAUAAUUUAAUAUUAACUGCUUACAGAGAUUACUAUCGAAAAAACACGGCUGAACAUCCAAUACAAAUAUGGAAAUAUAUAUUUAUUUAUACAUAAAUAUAUCUGUAAAUAAAUUAUUAAUUUUAUUACAGGGAACCUAAAGGUAUCAGAUUCAAAUUUUUUUUGGGGCAUACUUCAAACAUACUGAGUCUAAUUACCAGAUUCAAUUUGUUCCGAGACGAACCAAAACUUAGCAUCGACAACAUUGAGAAAAGAAUGCACAGAAAAUGGAAAAGUUCUUAUAUAGUCCCUUUCGGAUCUAAUAUAAUGGCCGUAGUCUAUGAUUGCGGUUUCGUUGACUUUAGAGUGACGAUUUAUCUAAACGAAGUCCCUAUAGAGAUGGAAAUACUUCGUAACGGUGGUGUUUUCAAGUGUAUAAAGUGUCCCCUAAAGGAUAUUAUCGAUUUAAUUAAUACAUUUGAAGUAAGCAAAAGACCUGAAAGAUUGACUACGCUAGAACAAGAUCAAAUAAAGCGAGAUGGGAAGGAAAAAAAAAUGAAAAAAAAGAAAUUAGCCCGAGAAGCGGAAAUUGUCAGAAAAUUUCAUGAAACACUUGAUAUUAGAGCAAAGAAGGUGUACGAUGAAGACGAAACGUAUGAGGAUGAAAUCGAAGAUAAAUUAAAAUGAUUGAAACUGAAGCUCAACAACUAUAAAAAUUAAAACUGAAACUAAACCCGAGUACAAACUGACACUUAAUUACAUGUAGAAACUGUAAUUGAACCUCAAAAACUUGUACAUACUGACACUCAAUUACAUGUAGAAACUGAAACUCAACCACACGUAGGAACUAGAAAAUAACAGAAGUACCUACCUAAAUUUGGUUGAGUACCUAAGUGAAUAGUAUAAGUUAGAUUCAAAAAGAAAAGUAAAUAAUAUCCAAUUCUGUAAAUUAUGUAGUUGUUUAAAAUAAAAUUAACCAAUAAAAAGUUCGAACAUAAAAACUAUUAAAAAUCAAAUGAGGAAAAACAUUUUCAAAUAUCAGGAAAUUCAAAAUAUUUAUUGUUAUAAAACACCAAAAUAUUAAAUAAUAUAAUGAAUAUUUUGUAAUGAUUUAAAUGGCAUUAUUCAUUAUAUAC